CUGUUUAACAGCUUUCUUUAGGCGGGACAUGGGAACUGAUGGAAUAUUCGGACUUGGGGCAGAGUAUACAGAUAACUGUGGAGACACUGGAAACAACAAUUGCAUGUCAUUGUUGUCUUUUCAACUGUUGACAUUGAUGAUCAUUAAACCUGUACCAAAAUUUUUCCAAGACAUUAUCAUACCGCUUUUAAAGAAGAUGUUUCGGAGAUGUCAAGGCACGAAGGUGGAUGACUUUUCUCCUUCUGAGGGUCAUUCUAGAAUGCAUUACUUGCUACGAGAAAUGCAGAAACCUAAUGCAGAAGACUUUCGUCUCAGUGAAUUUAAUGAAAAGAUAAUUCAAUAUGGAUACCUGAUGCUUUUUGCUGCUUCCUUUCCAUUAGCACCUCUCCUUGCACUAAUAAUCAACAUAAUCGACCUCCGGGUGGAUGGUAAAAGGUUAUUGUGGUGGAACAGGAGGCCAAUUCCUUUCCGUGAUAAUGACAUUGGUAUCUGGUUCCAUAUUCUGAGGUUUAUGAACGUCCUCGGGGUUAUAAGUAAUGCUUUCCUCAUUGCUUUUACAUCGGAAUUUGGCCAGUCUUUAACCCUAGCUCAGAAGUUUCUCUUUGUGAUCGGUUUUGAG